CUCCCAAUGCCCGCGGCCUCUCCCCCCCAAAUCCCAGUGGUCUCUCCCAAUCAGGUCUCCCUCCCACACCCAAUGAGCUCUUCCAAGCGGGUCACUCUCCCCCUAUUGGUCUCGCGCACGCCCUUCGCGGUUGGUUUGGCCGAGAGCUGUCCCCGAGUCGCCUGUGAGAAGAGCGAGCGCCCCCGCCUCAGUAUCCCUCAAGGAUGAAGCCCCGCCCUGGCCGGGAGCGCAUGCGGGUAGUUUACGUGAACAGCUUCGGCACCCACCGCUGCGGCUCCGUGAUCCAAUAUGGCGGUGGUCCCCGCGCCCGCCGGCGCCGUGAGGAGAAGGCCGCUGCUUCCGGUGUCGGAGAUCGAGAGAUGUCCUCUACUUCCGGUCUGAGCCGGAGGCAGGGGGCGGCUUGUGUGGGGCUGCGGGGCGAGGCGGCUGCCGCUCCUAGGGAAGGUCGCGGAAGCCCCUGGUUCCCGGUCCCGCCUAGCACCGGUCCCAAGGGAGCUGGGUCGUGUGCUGCCACCCAGGGACCGAGCCGGGGUGGCCAGGCCGGGGGAGCCCCCAGUCUCCGGGAGAGCGGGCCGGGGCUGCGCUGCACACAGAGCAGAGCCGCCGGCAGCGUGCAGGCGCCCGGCAGCCAGAGAUACGGUGGUCUUCAAAUGAAUCAGGCUGAUAAGUUUGGAUUCCCUUUCACUUCUAAAGUUGUUAAUAAAGUAACAAAACAGAAAAAGGAAAAGUCUGAAGUCUUUCAUGGAGUGUUGAAAGUAAUUUCAAAAAUGCUUGAAGAAAAUGAAAAGUUUAGAGGCAGAUUGUUGACUUGCAGUCAGUUUAAUACUGAAGGCAGUGAUGUGAACCAAAGCUCACAGAAUGAGGCUUCAUGCAUGGACAGAAAUGAGUCCAUCUUUGGAUGGGUGUAGCAAAGAAGUAAACGAAGAUUCAGUUUCAAGUGUUGCAUUGAAUUAGUGUUCAUUUUAGAUCUGAUCUAACACCCAUCUGACAUUAAUGAAAAGACUGAAAAUGAUUUCAAUGAGCGUUGGAUCAGAGUCUAUAUAGUUUGUCUGUCUAGCAUUUUCGCUUGAGAGCUACAUUUUAAUAUGGGUUCAAUUAAACUUUUCAGUUACAGAGUAUUGUUUUGUAGAAAUCCUUAUUAAGCAUAAUACAUCACUUAGUCAUUGUUAAUUUUUGAAGGCUUUUUAAUUAAUAUUAUAGUGUGAUGGUUUGCAUUCAAAAGAAUAGUAAUAUUUUAUGUUAAUUAUAUUAUGAAUAUAUAUGUUGUAUAAUCAGCAGCUUGUCAGAAUUGUUAACAAACUUGUGUUUAGUAAAAUAAAAUUUCAUACAAGAUA